CUCUCAUGCACAUGCAUUAUUUACAUACCAUAUACCUACACCACACCGCACGCAAACUCCGCUCGCACAGAGCUCCGAGAAGAGAGAGAGAGAGAAAAAUCCUUCGCCUCAACAGAUUACAGACCAGUAUCCGCGAUGGCCUCGCGCGCUCCGCAAGGAGUGGACGAGCUCCAGGAGGAGAACACUUGAGAGAUCGAUCGUCCAAAGCCUGAAAAAAACUUACUUAGCAAGUACUUAAUUAUAUCGACUUUUGUUGUACGACGCACGAAAAUGACAUUUUCCAGGAUUACAUCCCGCGCCGCUCAUGAUCAACAACGCGAAAUGCUGCUAGACUGGCUGAUGAGAGACAGUAGGCUUGCAGAAUGCUGAUAACUUGGCCCCAUAGGCACCAUGUAGAUUGUCGUAGGAAGCAUGAUGACCCACAUCAUGAGUCUAACUCCUUCGAGGAGGCGCUGGCUUGUGGUGCUAUGCAUGAUCCUGGUGCCGUGCGUCAUCCUGAACUUUGCCUCUACGCCAGAUGUGCACGAAGAGACACUGCUACAGCACAGUAUAGCCGAGUUGCAGGUCAAGCUGGAGCACCUGCACUCUAAGUACAUUAACAGCCAGGAGGAAAUACAGCUGUUGACUUAUCAAUUGGUACAGCUAACCGAGGGAGCGCAUCUUUUGCCAGACGUGCAGGUCUUCAUCAACAACUCUAAUUAUAAUGUGACAAAUGUCAAAUUGCCGUCUGUCUAUAAUUUUCUGCCCCACCUACUCAGCGAUCCCAACAGUUUGAGGCCAGCUUUUAUUCAUAGUAAGGGGAGAUCUGGGGUUAGUAUAGUGUUAGGCAUACCUACUGUUAGAAGAGAAGUGCAGAGUUACUUAAUGGCUACGUUAAAAAAUCUCUUGGAUCGUAUGAGUCCUCAAGAAACUGCUGACACACUUAUUGUAGUUUUUAUAGCUGAGACUGAUAUUGAGUAUGUUAUGUAUGUAGCAAAGCAAAUAGAAGUACACUUUCCUGAUGAAUUUGAAUCUGGAGUUAUUGAAGUAAUUUCGCCACAUCCUUCCUACUAUCCUGAUUUUGCAAAGCUACGAGAUACUUUGGGUGACAACCAUCAACGUGUAGUAUGGAGAUCAAAACAAAAUUUGGAUUUUGCCUUUCUGAUGUCAUAUGCUCAGAUAAAGGGAACUUUUUAUGUUCAACUAGAAGAUGAUAUACUGGCUAAAAAAAAUUUUAUUACUACAAUGAAAUCUUUUGCCUUGCAAAAAGUCAGUAUGAAGGAAAAUUGGGUUGUGCUUGAUUUUUGUCAACUUGGUUUUAUAGGAAAAUUAUUUAAAUGUGUAGAUCUGCCUUGGCUAGUUCAGUUUUUUUUAAUGUUUUACAAUGACAAACCAGUUGAUUGGCUUUUAGAUCAUUUAAUAUCGACUAAAGUAUGUAGUCUCGAUAUGGAUAACAAACGUUGCAAAAUGGCCAAAGCUGAAUUGUGGCUUCAUUACAAGCCAUCUUUAUUUCAACAUGUAGGUACGCAUUCUUCCUUGAAAGGAAAAGUACAGAAACUGAAGGAUAAGCAGUUUGGCAAAAUAACGUUAUAUUAUGGUCAUCAAAAUCCAGAUGCAAUUGUUGAAUCUCAAAUCAAACCAUAUAAGCAGUUUACGCUUAAUAAAGCUUAUAAGGGUGACUCGUUCUUUUGGGGGCUUUUGCCACAACCAGGAGAUCAUCUUAGAUUUAAAUUUGUUCAUCCUAUUUUUAUAAAGAGAUAUUUAUUUAGAAGUGGAAAUGCUGAGCAUCCAUCAGAUAAAUUUUAUAACACAACUGUUGAGGUUUUGCCACAGUCGAUUAAUUCUGUUGAUAGAAAUCAUAAUAAUGUUACAGAAGAUGGUUACAUUAUUGUAGGUAAAUUUGAUUCUCUUGGUAUUGCUCGUGGAACUGUGGAUAAGAAACUAGGAAAAAUUGCAGUGCUACGCUUAACCGUACACAGUGAAAGCGAUAAUUGGGCGAUUUUAUCUGAAAUCCAUGUAGAAGAGGAUUUCAAUAGCUGACAAAAAGAGCUUCGUAACAAACAUAUUCGACGUCGUUUCCAUCAUGCAUGAGGAUUUGCUGUUAAUGAAUAUACUUCAUCUGUACAUACAUCCAAUCAUAUUAUUUAUCGUGCCUUCUUGUGAAAGCUAACUUACCAUAAUAAGCCUUUUCUAACGAGUAAGAACGCGUCACGUAUUUUUGCGUUGGCUGCGUUGUUUGCUUAAUUCAAUCACACAAUCUGAUUGUCAUUUGAUGUAUACUAUCGCUCUUAUUAUCUUAUUUAUUUUUACAAAUAAAAACAUUGUACUCGAGCCCCAGUGUCGCGACGAUGGGAACAAGAUACCAUUGGUCCAUUUGGAGUCCAGUUGGCACUUAAAUUUUGUGAUAAACGAAAAAGAAAAGAAAAUCUAUGGUCUAUUUAGUGUGUAAAUGUGAUGCAAAGAUCUUAAACAUUGAAAUGUAUGUAUGCGUCUAUUUAAUGUUUUGUAAAACAUAUAUAAUUAUUGAAAUGUAUGCAAUAUAUAAUAUUUGUGACAAAACCA